GAGUUCAAGGCUCUUUUCCACUUUCCGUGGCUCACAUGUGAAAGUGUGUGAAAGCUUGUGUGUGUGUGCGUUACCCUAAUACAUGCAAACGCUCACUAUCACCCAAGUGGUCUCUUUGUAAUAAUGUGGCUUCUUGCUGGUAGAGAUUAAAUGGACAACGUUGAGCAAAAUGACCGGCCUCGCUCCAGGCAGCUUGUUCUCGCUGAUGCCCUGGACGAAGCACAGCUGGAUCUCCUCGGGCAGAGGCUAGAAAAGAAGUCUCUGUCACUUUCGGAGAGGGUAAAGUCACAAUGUCGGUGUUCUGGUUCCAGGAUAAAAAGCUUCGUGCUGGAGGUUAUUCCCGUCCUGUCAUGGCUCCCUCAUUACUCCGUCAGACACAACGCCGUCGGAGAUCUGGUGUCUGGCAUCAGUGUUGGGAUCAUGCAUCUACCACAGGGUAUGGCCAAUGCCAUGUUGGCAGGAAUUCCUCCAGCAUUUGGUCUGUACACUUCUCUUUAUCCUCUGAUCGUCUACUUCAUCUUUGGCACUUCCAGACACCUCUCCAUCGGUACCUUUGCCGUCCUGUCCAUCAUGAUUGGGACUGUGACAGCUAAUGUGGAGUUGCUUAGCGACGGUGAUGAAGCAGCUGUUGAAGCAGCCAAAGUAAACGUAACGGUGCAAGUCACCUUCCUUUGUGGCCUAAUACAACUCCUUUUGUACCUGCUGCGGGGAGGUGUUGUGUGCCGCUGGCUGUCGGAUCCUGUAAUCAGAGCCUACACCACAGCAGCCGGCCUGCACAUGAUCAUCGUACAGCUGCCGCUAAUGACAGGAGCACCAGUACAGAAACAUACUGGACUGCUGGCUUCACCUAGGACUUUCAUAGAUGUUCUGUAUGGAGUGACCAAUGUUGUAACAGGAACUCUGUUAGUCUCUACGGUUUCUUUGGUGAUACUCAUCGGAGGCAAACUGCUGAAUGAGCGCUUUAAGAACAAACUGCCUGUCGCCAUACCAUGGGAGCUUAUACUGAUUGUUCUCAGCACCCUCCUGUCAGUACAGAUGGAUCUGGCUGGACAGCACAGAGUCCAGGUGGUGGGACACAUACCCAGUGGCCUGUCUCCCCCAGCUCUUCCCUCCUUGUCUCAGUCCAGAGAGCUUUUCAUUCCAGCUCUGUCCUUGGCUUUGAUUGGCUUCAGCUUCCUCUCAGCCAUGGGCUCAAUGUUUGCCAACAAACAUGGCUACCGUGUGGACCCGAGUCAGGACCUGCUGGCCCUGGGUCUAUGUAACACCAUAGGAGGGAUGUUUCAGUGCUUUGCUGUCAGCUGCUCCUUUUCUCGCAGCACGGUCCAGGAAAGCAUUGGCGUCAAAACACAGAUGGCUGGUCUGGUGUCAGCUCUGUUGAUUCUGACAGUCUUGUUGGAGAUUGGUUAUCUCUUUGAGCAGCUGCCAAAGGCAGUGCUGGCAGUGAUUAUCGUGGUGAACCUUCAGGGCAUACUGGCUCAGUUCAGAGAUGUGCGUCUGCUCUGGAAGUCUGACAGAUUAGACCUGCUCGUGUGGAUAGUGUCACUGACUUCCACCUUCAUUUUUAACCUGGAUCUGGGUCUGGCUGUGGCUGUCGUCUUCUCUCUGGUCACACUCCUUUACAGGACACAACACUCCACCACCCUUGUUUUGGGUCACAUUCCUGGUACAGACUGUUACAGAGAUGUGGAGCUCUACCUUGAGGCGAGGCAAAUUCCAGGUGUGACGAUACUCACAUGUUCCAGUCCACUUUACUUUGCCAACUGUGAACUGGUGUUCACAAAGAUCAGACAGACGGUGAAUCAUGGUCAGAAGGAAAACUCAGCUGGAGUUCACAUCGCUGCUUCUUCGGUUUCUUCCCCCCCAGCGCAGACACACAUGCACACCUACUGCUUGGUUCUGGAUCUCAGCUCUGUUACCUUCAUGGACUCUGUGGCCAUGACGGCACUUUGCAAGGUUGUAGAAGUCUUGGACAUCCAGGGUGUCGGUGUUUUUCUGGCAGCUUGCCCAGCAUGUUUACAGAGAAAGUUUUAUCCCAGCUCCAGACACAGGGCUGUAUACCAGACAGCCUGCCCCUCUCCUGUCUCUUUCCAUCGGUCCAUCAUGCCGUCCAGCACUGCCUCACCAUCCUGCCCAGGUCUCUGGAGGAAAUCAACUCGGGUACAAGCGUUUGUUAAAACGACAAAGGGACAAUAAUCCUGCAUAAAGCAGACCCCAAACCAACACCUGAGCUGGACGGCGUCCAUUUAUUUUGACAGAAUGCUCUUUUUCAUUUGCAUGUUGCACAGUUUGUCUUUUCUCCGUCUUUGCUUUUUUGUAUUUCAACAAAUAAAUGUAAUAACAAAUGUA